AUGACAAACUAUACGAUUUUAAAGACUGAAAAUUUACCAGAGUCCUUAAAAAAUAAGCCAAAAUGGAUGGUAUGUGUCAUAUGCACUGCAGCCCUAAUUGUCAUGAUUAUGUCUGCUAUAGCUGUAGGCGUGUUUAUUGGAUACACCUACUGCUAUGUGGAACACCAGAGUGGACUGAACGCAGGAAACAUCACUCACUCAGCAGAUAUUCAAAUAUUCCGUGAAGAUACGCCGGAAGAAGUUUAUAAAAGGACAAUAAAUGGUGCUUCGAAAUUAUUUAUAUCAAAAAUUAUGAACAUUGGUCACAAUUUAUGGGAAAAUCAGGGAUUCGUCGAAGUGAAUACAAUUCGAGUUUAA